CUGUUAGCGAGCUCUAGCAGCAGAAGCGGCAGCAGUAGAUUUCCUCCUAGGCAGGCAGUGUGUUUCUGUUUGUACCAGCGUAUGGUCGUACGAGUGUUUUGCUUUCACAUAUUUUACUGCGAAAUAAAGUUGGCGUUCUAAAGUGCUGGAUAAUCCAAUCUACAUCUCUUCAAUCAAAUAAAUCAACCAACUUAAAAGGCUGGACUGCUGCGCCGCGCCAACGGCCCGACCCGCGCCACCACCAUGUCGCACUGCCCAACACCGCGCCAGGACGACGGGGAGGCGAAUGGACUUGACCGCGCCCCCUUCAGCUGCCGGUGAUGCCUGAGUGGCUGCGGCCUGCCGGCCCCCCGUCCCUCUGCCCCUGCGCCCACCCCGUCGGCCAUCCAGACCGCCGCUGCUGGCCGAACCCCAGACCCCAGCCAUGCCUCGUCUCAAUUUUCCACCGGACCCUUCGUCUGAGCCGGAGAAAGAGCCCUUGCAGUUUAACAUUAACUUAAGAGGAGCGCCCGAAGAAGUUGUGCAGUUGGCACACAGCAUCAAAGAUGUUGCAGAGCAGUUCCUCUAUCACUGGAAAACUUUUCCUAUUUUGUUACCCCCACCACUGGCGUGCGCCAGUGGCACAUGUAAGUCGUGUAAUGACAACAGUGGUGGGGGGGCUGGAGGCAACGGAGGAAAUGUUGGCAAUGGUAUUCCGAAUCAUAUGAUGAGUUCCAUCACCAAUUCCCUUGACAUCAGUCUUGAUGCUACAGAGGGAAGCAGUUGGACUCAGUCACUUGGGCGCCGUCAUAAGCAGUUAAACCUGAGGGACCUGUUUGUGGCUCCUUCCUUUGACGAGUUGGAUGCUGUAGCAGUUGACAACAAGGGAGAACCCCACCGUCUGAACCACAAACAACUUGAAUCCAUUAGAGAAAGAGGCUUGCAUAAGGACAAGUAUGGCAAGCCGAAGAAGCUAAGUUCCUCUCAACUGGAGACUGUUCGCAGAUGGGGGGAGUUUGAAGUUGAAAGUCUAAACUUUCCUGGACAAGUACACAAGUGGCAGUUGAGUCAAUUUCUUCAAAAGGGAAUCGAAAGAAGUCGUGAAAGUUUGCUUAAUGACCUUGCCCUAGCCUUAAGAUUUUUGCUUGUGACUGCUAGAGCAAGAUUUACAUCACAUUUCUUCAGUGUAUCAGAGUCUCUUCAGUCUUUCUUGAGUGGCUUAUUGCGACUUCUAGAUAUAGUUAUUGGGAUUCCGUCUCUUCAAGCACACAAUUUAGAUGCCAAGAUUCGAGAAGAGCGGUGUAGGUACCUUGUUGCUGAGUUGGUUUGUCGGCAUGAAUUUGAAGACACGUUAGAAGUACUGUGUAACUUUGUCCGACGCCAAAUAAAAAGGGCAACUAUGGAAAAAUUUGAGCUUGAGAAAGAAUCAUGCCAUCCUCCAGUACCUGUACCGUAUCAAUUUUUGACACCAAAGGGAAUUGAACUGGAUUUGCGCCUUUUCAGUAGGGACAUUAUGAAACGUGCACUUCCAAUUUUAGUUAGUAUUCUUGAGAGAGAAACAAGAGGAUGGUUCCUUCAUUUUCGGGAGAGACUGAUUGCAGAGUUGCGCACUCGUAAACUUCCAGAUGAUGAAAUUGAAAAGGAGGUUAAUCAAGCUGUAAUGCGGGAGUACUUACAAAGGGUGUAUACAAGUAUUCUUACUCAUCCAGAAAUUUUAGCUCUUGGAGAAGGCAUAGCACAACUACUAGUACAACAGGCCCAAAGUGUUGUCCUCAUGCAUAGAGCUGUGGAGAAUGUUCAGAAUAAACUUUCCAAAACCAAAGAAAAUUUAAAACAAAGAAUGGAACUUUCCCAUCCGGUACUUUCAAGAAUUGAACCUUGGAUGAGAGAAAAACUGAGGAGUGCUGAGGGGCGGUUUAUUGAAGAUUGUCAGUGGAGCGCUCAUGAGGAAGCACUCACACUUUGCACAGCGCAGCACUUACACCAAACUGUGUACUUUUUAAACAGAGAUCUUACAUUUAUGAGAGAGCGAGAGCCUGUUCUUACUAAAGAACUCCGUAAGGUGAAAACACCUACCAGAACUUUUCAGUGGCUGACCCGUAUUUGGCUUCCAACCCACUGGGUGGUUAGACGAAAUUUUCAGGGUCAAUCAGACAAAAUACCUACAGUUCUCAGUAAUCAAGCAACAUCAAUUACAACUCCACGGUCUGACCCAAGCCAGCCUGUGUUUUUGGUAGAAAAGGAAGAAGCAAGAACUACAACAACUCGUUGGCCCAUGUGGCGCUGGAUAAAUUACUGCCAUCGAACAUGGAGUUGGACUUGGAAUGCCAUGUUUUUCUUUGGGGUUGUGCUUCCAUGGUGUAGUCCUCUUAGUCUUCGUGCUCUAUUUUGUGCUGAACCUUUCAUGCCAGAUCUUGAGCUUUCCCAAGUAAAUGGAACACUUUUCCCUCGGAAGUCAUCAUUGACUCCAACUCUUUGUUCUCGUAUGCUGGUAUUAUGGAGGCAUAUUUCCAAAUCUCGAACCCAUUUUGAAACAAAACCAGACACAGGGUUCAUCGGGAAAGGCUUCACAAGACAUGUUAAUCGGUUUUGGAAUUACAUUGUUAAGGGCAUCAUGGGUACUUUGGCUAUUGGUAUUCUAUUCCCAGCUCUCUGCCUUGGUGUUAGCUUUAGUAGUAUUGCUAUUGCUAUCACAGCAGUAUUAUGGAUGCCGUGUGUAACUCUCAUCCUUCACAUAUUAAUGAUGUUAUUUUAUGACGUCGACUCACCAGAUGCCUCACGUAACAGAUGGUUUAUGAUACUGGAGGCAGUGGUCUGGAAUAUUUUAAUGCAGGGUUUAUUGCAGCCAGUUGCUGCUCUUCUGGUUGCUGUAUUUGUUUGCCCAUUAAUUUCUUUUUCUAUUCUGUCAGUUGGAGUGUGUCGCUAUGGCAUGCGUUUAGUAUGGGAUUCACUUGUCUUUCAUCUACUUAUUAAAAAAAGGGGGCGAAUCCCUGCUUGUGAUAGCCUUGUUGUGAAGAGGAUAGCUGGACCUGGCCUAGCUUCAAACUAUUACUACCAGAUUCGACCUGAACAAGCACUUGCAGCUUUUGAGGCAAAAAUGGAAUUAGAUGAGUUGUCUGCUUACCAACAUCAGAUCGAACAAACAAUACUGCAGCCUCAACGUGAUUAUAGUCAGUUUGUUGAGGCCUGUUUUGGUCCGUUCUCUGCCCAGUUGUCAGUGAAGUCUGAGCCUUACAGAGAACUUGAGAAAGAAGCUGCAGAUCUCAUAAACUGCUUGCAGGAAAAAUUAGAGAGACGAAGGAGAGUACUGCAGACUGGGCUCGCUUCAAGUGUCAGGUCAAAAGUGAAGCUUACCACUAUGGAACUUAAGAUGUCCAUUCAACAAGCUGCCCUUCUCCUGGAAAAAUUCUAUCCAUCACAUGUUCUUCGUAAUCUUCCUUUGCUUGAAGAAGACUUUUGGGAAAAUAAGGGACUUGUUCCACAUGACUGGGCUGGACUUGCAGGCCUCAUGUUCGCUGAUAUUUUUAGUCUAGACUUCCUCACUCCACUAGAUGAGGGGGAUACCAAAUUUAGACUGGAGCCUCAUCCCCAAGUGGACCUUUCUAGAUAUACAGAUAUGCUACAAUCAACUGAACUUCUUACCAGCAGACCUGAUUUAUUAGGGCCUGUAUAUUCACCACGAGCUAACCUUCAAAUUCAAUCUCCAUUUCUGGAUGUUUCUGUCUUCAACCCAAGGCGUGUAAUGGGUGCUAAGCAUGACAGAAGAACGGAGGGUAGUGGUGUUAUGGGGAGCCGUGUUAGAAUGCGGAAGAUGGCUGAGAGUCCAGCCCAAUCUUGUGCAAUAACUGCACCAAGUACAGUGACAAUCACUGAAGCUCACAGCGAGCAUAAAAACUCUUCUCUUGGGGUUUGGCGACCUUGGAAGCGGCAGUGUAUUCCAUAUAGUGCUGAAAAACUAUUAAUCCCCUUGCCAAUCCCUCACCCUGCUCAUAUUGCUAUUACAAUUCAUAAUCGUGAUACUGAAGAUCCAAUACCCCUUGACUCAGAUCUGUGCCAAGAGAUAUUGCGUGCAGUAGAGGAUGCUUAUGGCAUGAAGUGCUUGGCAGCAGACCUCGAAGGCCACAAUGUUGUGUCAAGAUAUCGAGGGGGUCCAGGUGACAGCAGCUUUGAUAGUGCUGCAUCUCGCAGCUCACUUUCAUCAGAUUGUUCACGACCAGCAGUGGGGGAUGGUCUUAGUGAUGAACGCAGCAGUACAAGCAUCAUAACUUUUAGAAGGGACACACUCAUUGCUCCCUCACAAGAAAAUGAACAGAGAUCUGAAAGGAGGGAAACUGAUCAUGAAAGCUCAACAUCAGGGGGGAACCGUGUUGGAGAAGGGUCAGACAAUUUUAACUGGAGGCCAACUGACUGGGCUGGCGUUAUGAGAAGAAAAAGGAAGGACUCUGGAUCAGUGAGAGUAGACCUUGCAUCUCCUGAGGAUGUAACUCUGGAUGCAGAUGGAACCUGUGUUGUAUUUAGUUCUUAUGGAACUACUGUCUGAUGACAGAAAUGGUUUAACUUAAUGAAACCAUCAGUUCUCCAUUCCUAAUUUUUGUAUCCAACAAGGGGAAUUGCAUAUGAGUGCAUACCUCCUCAUUUUAUGUAUUUAUUACAUAUAGAGUAGAAAGCAUAUCACCGUCCAUUCAACACCAAAACUUGCUCCAGCUCAGUUAUGCAUUACCUCACUGUAUCUACCUUUUACUUCCGUUUUUAUCUCAAGACUCACUAAGCCUGAGGUUUCAGGCACCUGCAGCCUGCAGUCAUUAACUUAUUUGAUGAGGAAUUUACCCUUAUCAAAGAUAAGACAAGAUACAAUUAUUAUUACUGAGUAAUGGUAUUAUAAAUUUUUAUGUUGGUAGCCGCUACAUAUAAAAAUUCCUUUUAGAACAACUUCAAGAGACCUCAGCAAUUUUUAUGUGGAAACAAUCAACAGGGUCUUAAAAAUUCUACCAUAACCGAAUGAGAAAUUCAAAGGUACCGAAAAAUGCUCAAAAAUUCUAUUCUGAAAAAUGUAUUUUAUUGAUCCAAAUAACAUCUACUUAUACAGUCAUAAGUUGAAAAGAUUAAUGUAGUGGGCACAUACUACAGAUGUCCUUUUUUGUGUCAGCUAAUAGCUAAGGUUACAAAAAUUAGUAGCUAUUAGGGGAUGUAAUUCCCUCAUCAGAGAAAUUGAGUUAGGUUUUGUAUUCUAUAUUUACUUGUACAAAAACACUACACAAGCUAUGGGACUUAAAAUUACUUGCUUUUUGCACUGCCACACAUAUGAAGAACUAAUGCAAAUUCCUAUCUUUUAGAAAUAUAGUUAUCAACUAUGGUUUGCACUCUGUAUAGUAAAAGUUCACUUUUAAAAACAAACUGAAAAGGAAUAAAUUGUACAGAUCAUCUUCUUAUUAGAUCUAUGUCGAAGUGUUAUGUCUGAAUGAUCUCUUUGCCAACAAUUCUUUUAUAAUUUUUUGUUGUUAUUGUAAGGAAGAAAUUUCUUCUAUUUGCUUUCCCCAUAAGGUCAAUCAAGUUCCUUGGUGUGUAAUGUUGCAGUGUAGUCAGAAGUCCUAUGCAAGUUGUAGAGUAUCUCAGUCUGCCUGCAUUGGAUCUCCUAGACAUACAUGUGGACUAUUUCUAUUUUGGCUUUUAUUGAAUAGACUGUUUUCAUUUUACCAGUUGAUUUAACUGUGAUCUCUUUUAAUUUGUAUUGUCGGCUGGAAAAAAAUUGAUCAUCCACACUCAUACAUAUUUUUUGUUUCUACAUUUACCUAGCUUUUUCAUGUUGGCAAUAUAUUUUCCUUCUCUAAAUCAAAACAGUUUAGUGGUGCCUUAGACAUGCUUUCCUUUCUUGGCUUGCUUAGAGCACAAAAGUAUAUUGCUCACUUUUAUGUACUAAUCAGCUCUUUUUACUCACAGCUUGACUGUAAACUUUUUAGAUGUGCAUGAUCUGAUAUCUUGUGAUGUACUUUUGUUAGCUAUGAGCAUUUACAAUUUUGUAAAUUUUUUCUGAUGAGGUUGCAACCACUGUUGAGACUGGUGUGCACUUGUAAAGUUUGCUGUAGCUUCUUCGAAAGAAAUCUUGUAUUAUGAGCUUGUAUAAAUCAUAAUUCUGGAAAAGACUUUGAUAUCAUACUUUUAUGGAAAGUAAUGUCAAACUCCAAACAUAUUCAUGGAAAGAGGCUUAAUUUUUAUGCAAGAACUUUAGGCUCAAGCACCCCUUUUGCUUAAAUAGUGGUUAUCACCUCAUGCAUUGUAACAAUGACUGCCAAUAACAUUUUAUACCAUUAUUGUAUCAUUAUAUUAAUGAUUGUGAUUAAUACUGUUUACUGUAUAUUAGAGCAUUUAUAUGACAAACUGAAAUAAGUUCACUGUCCAUACUUAAUGUGACUAAUUUAAUGAAAGACAAAAUGUUAUUUGUGAUAGAUAUGUAUAUAAUUAGAAUUUUAUAUUUGAAAGGUUUUGUGAGAACGGUUUCUGUGUUAUGGCGAUUUUGGGUAUUCUCUUUUGUACUGGACUUCCCUAUGUUUUUUUAAGUUUUUUUAAUGCAUAUUUUUGAAUUCUUGCUGUAUUUUUAAAGCAAGAAGGCUGAAAGUUUUUCUUUUAUACAUAUACAUUAUCAGAAACUGUAUAUACCAGUUUGGAGUUCACUUCACCUUCUCAUUGAUUGUCUAUGAAUGAAACAGCAGAGUCAUUCUUUAGUCCGUAACAUUCAGAACCUUUCUGCACCUUGAAAACUUCAUCCUUGUACAGCCAUGGUAGCCAUGAGGGUAAGUGGUGCUCCUUUUCUAGUCACAACCACUCUUUUAGUUUCAGAACAUGUCGUAAAUAAUUUUUCAUGAAUGCUCGUUAAUGAACAUCAAUUGAAUUGAUGAGUUGUUAUGAGUAUGUAUAAAUGAAAUGGGUUAUACCAUGAAAUAAAAUUCUAUUCAUACAUUAAAA